GGGAUUAACCUGGACUCGUUUUAAAUGGUCAAUGAAAACAAGAGGAUGUACAUUCCCGAGGAAAACCAUCAAGGUUCCAACUAUGGAAGUCCCCGUCCAGCUCAUGCCAACAUGAAUGCCAAUGCAGCUGCAGGGCUUGCCCCAGAGCAUAUCCCUACACCAGGGGCAGCUCUGUCCUGGCAAGCUGCAAUUGAUGCUGCCAGGCAAGCCAAAUUGAUGGGUAGUGCUGGCAAUGCAACAAUAUCCACAGCUAGCUCCACGCAGAGAAAACGGCAGCAGUAUGGGAAACAGAAAAAACAGGGUACCACGACAGCUACGCGUCCUCCCCGGGCACUGCUGUGUUUAACACUGAAAAAUCCCAUCCGGAGGGCAUGCAUCAGCAUCGUCGAAUGGAAAUCAUUUGAAAUAAUUAUUUUACUGACUAUUUUUGCCAAUUGUGUGGCCUUAGCUAUCUAUAUCCCCUUUCCAGAAGAUGAUUCCAAUGCCACCAAUUCCAAUCUGGAACGAGUGGAAUAUCUCUUUCUCAUAAUUUUUACAGUGGAAGCAUUUUUAAAAGUAAUAGCAUAUGGACUUCUCUUUCACCCCAACGCUUACCUCCGCAAUGGCUGGAAUUUACUAGAUUUUAUAAUUGUGGUAGUAGGGCUUUUUAGUGCAAUUUUAGAACAAGCAACCAAAGCAGAUGGGGGGAAUUCAAUAGGAGGAAAAGGUGCCGGAUUUGAUGUUAAAGCACUGCGGGCUUUCCGAGUGUUACGUCCCUUACGACUGGUGUCUGGAGUUCCUAGUCUCCAGGUGGUUUUAAAUUCAAUUAUCAAGGCCAUGGUCCCUUUGUUGCAUAUUGCCCUGCUGGUGCUGUUUGUCAUCAUUAUCUAUGCCAUCAUUGGACUGGAAUUAUUCAUGGGAAAGAUGCAUAAGACCUGCUACCACGUGCAAGGGGGGCUGAUAGAUACACCUGCAGAAGAUGACCCAUCUCCCUGUGCCCCCCAGUCUGCACAUGGGCGGCAGUGCCAGAAUGGAACCGAGUGCAAGGCAGGCUGGGAGGGACCCAAGCACGGCAUUACAAACUUUGACAAUUUUGCUUUUGCCAUGCUGACAGUGUUUCAGUGCAUCACAAUGGAGGGGUGGACAGAUGUACUCUACUGGGUCAAUGAUGCCAUAGGAAGGGACUGGCCCUGGAUCUAUUUUGUUACACUAAUCAUCAUAGGGUCAUUUUUUGUACUUAACUUGGUUCUCGGUGUACUUAGCGGGGAAUUUUCCAAGGAAAGAGAGAAGGCUAAGGCUCGGGGAGAUUUCCAAAAGUUACGUGAAAAGCAACAGCUAGAGGAGGAUUUGAAGGGCUAUUUAGACUGGAUAACUCAAGCAGAAGAUAUUGACCCAGAAAAUGAAGAUGAAGGCAUGGAUGAGGAGAAGCCUCGAAACAUGAGCAUGCCCACCAGUGAGACCGAGUCCGUGAACACAGACAACGUCCCUGGAACAGAUAUUGAAGGCGAAAACUGCGGUGCUAGGCUAGCGCAUCGGAUCUCCAAAUCUAAAUUUAGUCGCUAUUGGCGCCGAUGGAAUCGAUUCUGCAGACGAAAGUGCCGUGCUGCUGUCAAGUCCAAUGUUUUCUACUGGUUGGUGAUCUUCCUUGUGUUUCUCAACACCCUUACUAUUGCUUCUGAACACUACAACCAGCCAGACUGGCUCACUGAGGUUCAAGACACUGCCAAUAAGGUGCUGCUAGCUCUUUUCACGGCAGAGAUGCUGCUGAAGAUGUACAGCCUUGGUCUCCAGGCCUAUUUUGUGUCCCUCUUCAACCGCUUUGACUGUUUCAUUGUGUGUGGAGGAAUCCUGGAAACAAUUCUGGUUGAGACGAAGAUCAUGUCACCACUGGGCAUUUCUGUGUUGAGAUGUGUUCGGCUAUUAAGAAUAUUUAAAAUCACAAGAUAUUGGAACUCCCUGAGUAACCUAGUGGCUUCACUCCUGAAUUCAGUCCGUUCCAUUGCCUCCCUCCUGCUGCUCCUCUUCCUCUUCAUCAUCAUCUUCUCCCUGCUGGGGAUGCAGCUUUUUGGGGGCAAGUUUAACUUUGAUGAAAUGCAGACCAGGAGGAGUACAUUUGACAACUUCCCCCAGUCACUCCUCACUGUGUUUCAGAUCCUGACUGGGGAGGACUGGAAUUCGGUGAUGUAUGAUGGGAUCAUGGCUUAUGGCGGCCCCUCUUUUCCAGGAAUGUUGGUCUGUAUUUACUUCAUCAUCCUCUUCAUCUGUGGGAACUACAUCCUGCUGAAUGUCUUUUUGGCCAUUGCUGUGGACAACCUUGCUGAUGCGGAGAGUUUAACAUCUGCACAGAAAGAGGAGGAAGAGGAAAAAGAAAGGAAAAAACUAGCUAGGACUGCUAGUCCUGAAAAGAAACAGGAGAUAGAGAAAACAGCUGUGGAGGAGGAGACAAAGGAGGAGAAAAUUGAACUGAAAUCAAUCACUGCUGAUGGAGAAUCUCCACCUGCUACAAAGAUUAAUAUGGACGACUACCAGCCAAAUGAAAAUGAAGAAAAGAGCCCAUAUCCCACAACAGAAGCACCAGCAGAGGAAGAUGAGGAAGAACCUGAGAUGCCCGUCGGCCCUCGGCCUCGCCCAAUGUCUGAGCUGCACCUCAAGGAAAAGGCUGUCCCCAUGCCUGAUGCCAGUGCUUUUUUCAUCUUCAGUCCUAACAACAGGUUUCGUGUCCACUGCCAUCGAAUCGUUAAUGAUAACAUUUUCACCAACCUGAUCCUAUUUUUCAUCUUGCUCAGCAGCAUCUCCUUGGCAGCUGAAGACCCCGUCCGACAUCUCUCCUUUAGGAACCAAGUUCUCUUUUAUUUUGAUAUAGUUUUUACUGUCAUUUUCACCAUUGAAAUUGCUCUGAAGAUCCUAGGCAAUGCAGACUAUGUCUUCACUAGUAUCUUUACAUUAGAAAUUAUUCUUAAGAUGACCGCAUACGGGGCUUUCCUCCAUAAGGGCUCCUUCUGCAGAAACUAUUUCAACAUCUUAGACCUGCUGGUGGUCAGCGUUUCUCUCAUCUCUUUUGGAAUCCAAUCCAGUGCCAUCAAUGUGGUGAAGAUUUUGCGUGUUCUGCGAGUGCUUAGACCACUGAGGGCCAUCAACAGAGCCAAAGGACUAAAGCAUGUGGUCCAAUGUGUGUUUGUUGCCAUCCGAACCAUCGGAAACAUUGUGAUUGUCACCACUUUGCUGCAGUUCAUGUUUGCCUGCAUUGGAGUUCAGUUGUUUAAGGGCAAACUCUACAGCUGCACUGACAGCUCCAAGCAGACUGAAGCAGAAUGCAGAGGAUACUACAUCACAUACAAGGAUGGUGAGGUCAGUCAGCCAAUGAUCCAGCCCCGGAGCUGGGAGAACAGCAAGUUUGACUUCGACAAUGUCUUGACUGCCAUGAUGGCCCUCUUCACUGUCUCAACCUUUGAGGGCUGGCCAGAGUUGCUGUAUAGGUCCAUUGAUUCCCACAUGGAGGAUGUGGGACCCAUCUAUAAUCACAGGGUUGAGAUCUCCAUCUUCUUUAUUAUCUACAUCAUCAUCAUUGCUUUCUUCAUGAUGAACAUCUUCGUUGGUUUCGUCAUCGUCACAUUUCAGGAACAAGGAGAACAAGAAUACAAGAACUGUGAGCUGGACAAAAACCAGCGCCAGUGCGUAGAGUAUGCCCUGAAGGCCCGGCCCCUGCGGAGAUACAUCCCAAAAAACCAGUACCAGUACAAAGUUUGGUAUGUGGUCAACUCCACCUAUUUUGAAUACCUGAUGUUCGUUUUGAUCCUGCUGAACACCAUCUGUCUGGCCAUGCAACACUACGGUCAGAGCUGCAUGUUCAAGGAAGCCAUGAACAUCCUCAACAUGCUUUUCACUGGCCUCUUCACUGUCGAGAUGGUCCUGAAGUUAAUUGCCUUCAAACCCAAGGGUUACUUUAGUGAUCCUUGGAAUGUUUUUGACUUCCUCAUCGUAAUUGGCAGCAUUAUAGACGUCAUUCUCAGUGAAACUAAUCACUAUUUCUGUGAUGCAUGGAAUACAUUUGACGCCUUGAUUGUUGUGGGUAGCAUUGUUGAUAUAGCAAUCACCGAGGUGAACCCAGCUGAAAAUACCCAAUGCUCUUCCUCUAUGAACGCAGAGGAAAACUCUCGCAUCUCAAUCACCUUCUUCCGACUCUUCCGCGUGAUGCGUCUUGUGAAGCUCCUGAGCCGAGGGGAGGGCAUCCGGACACUGCUUUGGACCUUCAUCAAGUCCUUCCAGGCUCUCCCCUAUGUGGCUCUUCUAAUAGUGAUGUUGUUCUUCAUCUACGCCGUGAUUGGGAUGCAGGUAUUUGGUAAAAUUGCUCUGAAUGAUACCACAGAAAUCAACCGCAACAACAACUUCCAGACCUUCCCCCAAGCGGUGCUGCUGCUUUUCAGGUGUGCCACCGGUGAGGCCUGGCAGGAAAUCAUGCUGGCGUGUCUCCCGGACAAGAAGUGCGACCCAGAGUCAGAGCCGGCCAACUCCACUGAAGCUGACCACUCCUGUGGCAGCAGCUUCGCUGUCUUCUACUUCAUAAGCUUCUACAUGCUCUGUGCCUUCCUGAUCAUCAAUCUUUUUGUAGCUGUUAUAAUGGAUAACUUCGAUUACCUGACACGGGACUGGUCCAUUUUAGGACCACACCACCUAGAUGAGUUUAAAAGGAUCUGGGCAGAGUAUGACCCUGAAGCCAAGGGACGGAUCAAGCACUUGGACGUGGUGACAUUGCUCCGGCGCAUUCAGCCUCCACUGGGCUUUGGGAAGCUUUGCCCUCACCGAGUGGCUUGCAAACGCCUUGUCUCCAUGAAUAUGCCACUGAACAGCGAUGGAACUGUCAUGUUCAAUGCCACUCUCUUUGCACUGGUCAGAACUGCAUUGAGGAUCAAGACAGAAGGUAACCUGGAGCAAGCCAAUGAAGAGCUUAGAGCAAUAAUUAAGAAAAUCUGGAAGCGCACCAGUAUGAAGUUGCUGGACCAGGUGGUGCCUCCUGCAGGUGAUGAUGAGGUGACUGUUGGGAAGUUCUACGCCACUUUCCUGAUUCAAGAGUAUUUCCGGAAGUUCAAGAAACGCAAAGAGCAGGGCCUGGUGGGCAAGCCUUCCCAGCGCAACGCACUCUCCUUGCAGGCUGGUUUGCGCACACUUCACGACAUUGGUCCAGAGAUCCGACGAGCGAUCUCUGGAGACCUGACAGCUGAAGAAGAGCUAGAUAAGGCUAUGAAAGAAGCUGUUUCUGCUGCCUCUGAAGAUGAUAUCUUCCGGAGAGCCGGAGGCUUGUUUGGAAACCAUGUCAGCUAUUACCAAAGUGAUGGCAGGAGUGCGUUCCCCCAGACAUUCACCACCCAGCGACCUUUGCACAUCAAUAAAUCUGGCAACAACCAGGGAGAUACCGAGUCUCCAUCUCAUGAGAAGUUGGUGGACUCCACCUUCACUCCCAGCAGCUACUCAUCUUCAGGCUCCAAUGCAAACAUCAACAAUGCCAACAACACUGCCCUGUGCCGCUUCCCAAGCCCACCCAGCUACCCCAGCACUGUCAGCACUGUGGAAGGCCAUGGGACUCCAUUGUCGCCCACCAUACGUGUGCAAGAAGCUCCUUGGAAAUUACCAUCCAAAAGGACGCACUACUACGAAACAUUGGGACGCUCCAGUUCCAGAGACAGCCAGCUGGCAAUUGUUUGCCAAGAGGAAGUGUCUCAGGAUGAGACUUAUGAUGAAAAUUUGAAUGAAGACAUUGAGUACUGUAGUGAACCAAGUCUGCUCUCUACUGAAAUGCUCGCAUACCAAGAUGACGAAAACAGACAACUUACUCCACCAGAAAACAACAAAGGAGAGGACACCCGGCACUCUCCAAAGAAAGGGUUUCUGUGCUCCUCAGCACUAGGUCGACGAGCAUCUUUUCACUUAGAGUGUCUGAAAAGACAGAAAAACCAGGGCGUAGAUGUCUCGCAGAAGACAGUUCUGCCUUUACAAAUGGUACAUCAUCAGGCAUUGGCGGUGGCCGGCCUGAGCCCCCUCCUCCAGCGAAGCCAUUCCCCCACCACAUUCUCCCGACUGUGCGCCACACCGCCUGCUACACCCUGCAGCCGAGGCUGGCCACAGCAGCCCAUCCCGACGCUGCGCCUUGAGGGGGCUGAGUCCAGCGAGAAGCUCAACAGCAGCUUCCCCUCCGUGCACUGCAGCUCCAGGUUCCCCGACAGCUCUGACUGUGGCAGCCCAAGAAGAGCAAGGCCGGUGUCCCUCACCGUCCCCAGCCAGACAGCGGGGAGCAGCAGGCAGUUCCACGGCAGUGCCAGCAGCCUAGUCGAAGCGGUAUUGAUUUCGGAAGGACUGAUGCAGUUUGCUCAAGAUCCAAAGUUCAUUGAGGUCACGACCCAGGAACUCGCUGAUGCCUGCGACAUGACAAUAGAAGAGAUGGAAAACGCAGCAGACAACAUUCUCAAUGGUAACAGCAAGCAGAGCCCCAAUGGCAACCUGUUGCCUUUUGUUAACUGCAGGGACGCAGGGCAGGACAGUGCAGGCGAGGAAGAGGAAGAGGUGCAGAACCCGGAUUGUAGAAAAAGUCAGGAGGAGCUGAAGGACAGCAGGAUUUAUAUCAGCAGCCUGUAGUUGCCAGGGCUGGAAGCGAUGCUGGUUUUUUAUUUGUUUCAAUGUUCCUAAUGGGUUUGUUUCAGAAGUGCCUCACUGUUCUCGUGACCUGGAGUAACCGGAACAGCGUUCUUCAUUCAUUUCUGUUGGGACGAGUCGCAGAGUUGGGUGGUGGCAGAGAGCUUGUCAGGAGCGGAUAGGACCCCGGCACGCGGCCGCCUGGAAAGAGCGCGGCACCCAGGAGGAGAGCCAGCUCCCUCUUUUUCCAGUCCCUGCACAAGGCACGACGACUGCCUCCCAAGGGCGGCCCAGCCAAACGCGCCCAGCCUCCAGCGGGCAUCCUUCAACUUUGCUUGUAAAAAUCAUUUUGCACAUGUUCUGUCCGAGCCUCACCGCCCCCAGCCACCCCGGCCCCGCCACCCGGGCCCGGAGGACGCAGCGCCGCCAAAAGGGGAGCGCGGGGACUGCAACGGCUCCUGCUGUUGGCCAAUCAGAGCUCGAGGGCUGCUCACCAGCCAACCCGAGUGCGGGCAAGUCACCUGCCAACCAAUUGGAGCUCAGACAGCCGGCCCCGCCAGCCAGUGGGAGAGUGGGGAGUGGCCAGGCACGGGUCUCUCCUUGUCCCGCAGUUCGGUGUUUCCUUGAGAGCAUGUUGCGGUUUUUAUUUUGACUAUUUUAUUUUUAUUAUAAUUUUUCAGAGGGAGAAGGGAGUGUUUACAAGGUUCUGUAACCACCUACCUUUUUGUUUGGGUUUAUUUUCACCUUUGCAGAUGUUACGUUGGUUUGACCAUGUUGUAUUAUUUAAGCCAGGUUCUUUUCUCCAUUGGCAUUUGGUAGAAGCAUAACGCUGUAGGCGAGUUUUACCGAUCACUAUGUACACCGAGACUCUGUCAUUUGAUUUGCAAGCGAGCAGAACCUCCUUUUUUUGUUGUUGUGUUAUCAUAUAAUGGCAGCGGGCAGUGCGCUUGGCACAGCCCCACACGUCCCAGGGACCAAUGGGGCUGUUGGGAUGCAGCGCCGAAGCAGCGCCCGCUGUCGGGAGGGGAAUCAGUAACUCUUUGCAUCUUCUGUUCCACAAGAUAUGCAAAAACAAUGCAAUAAUAUUAAUUUUAAAAUACAAUCGUAAGUCGUGUUGGCAUUAAAACUGUAUAGGAAAAAAAAAAAAAACAAAUAACGGGGUGGGGGGACAACCAAGCAGAAGGCGUUACGCUUCAAUAUAUUCCGUGUGAUGUUUUAUUGCAUUGAUGAUGUUUCUGUUGAAGAAACUGUUAUACUUGAAUUCAGGUCAGUUUCGGUAUUUUUCAAAUAUUUUUUUAAAAGGAAUUGCAAUUGUGCCAAGCAAAUAUAUCAAAUCGAAUUAAGUUUGUUUAAGAAGAAAAAAAAAAGAAAAAAAGAGUCACUUCUUGUAUAUUUUGCUGCAUGUCAAGUGAAUCAUUUCGUAUUUGGAAUGUGCCAAGCUUUACCUUUGAACUUUUAAGUGCUUUUCUACGUGUGGUCGGGGACAGGGGUACUAUUUUUUUUCCUUUUUUAAUUUGUACAAUGAACAAAGUGUACCUGGUGUAAGUAACUAUUCUGCAAUCCACUGACAGGUCGAACGUUACUGAUUUUGCAUAUCUUGUGUUCAUUACCCUUCCUCCUCACCUCUUUAAACAUGCACGAUGACUUUGUUGGUAGAGUACCUUUCUUCCCGAGGCCGGGAUUUUUUUUCAGGCUUUGUUCUCUUUCCUUUUGCUCAGCCUCUCCAAAGGUCUCUUCCACCAAGAGGGUGGCGAGAUCCCCAAGCCCAUGUGGAAGAUCCAUCCCAUGUCUUCAGCUGGCACCAGCAAUUCAGGGAGGGGGAAAGCACCUGCUUGCAGAUUGAGGUUAGAUAGUUCAUCCUGAUCGUUGUAACAGGAUCCUGGAAUAAGCAAAUGCAAAUGGCAGAAUUGUUUGCAAAAUAAAUGUGCCUAACACUGGACUGAAAGCACUGGGUAAGUGAGGGACAGAGCUCUGGAUUGUUGCUUAGGAAAAUUGCUGUGGUCUGGUCAUGACACAGAUGUUUGGUGACUUGUGUGUGUUUCCAUGCGUGUUCCCAGACCUUAGCAUAUGGGACAUGCUCUAAGUCACAAAACAUCCAGUGGUGCAGCAUGUCCCAGCCAUAUUUCCCUGCUGCUGAGUGUGAACCUCUGCUGAUUCACCCCACGAUGAUACACGGCCCUAACCUGUGGCAGAGGCUGAGAAACCAGGGAGAUAUUAUUAGAUUUUAUGUGUCUGACUUCUGUCUAGACUGCUGCUGGUUUUCUCCCUUUUCAAGAUGUUUCACAAACUUGCAGAUGAGUGCUCAGAGGUGUGAUCUGACUCAGAGCUAAACUUUCAUUCCAGUCUUGAGCUUCACAGAUGUUUGAGUACAUCAUUUAUUAUGUAUUUUUGUAACGCCCUUGGGUUUACUUCUUGACCCUGCUGGGGCCAUUAAGCAGAAAUAGCGGAAGAUAUUUUUGAAAUUGCACUUUUUCCUUGUUAUUUUGAACUGGCCAGUAGCAGCUCAAGAUGCCUUGCCAACAAAUUCUUUUGAACUGGGGAAAUGUGAACCCACUUAAGCAACCAUCUGGCAUCAGAGUCCCAAUCCAAGUCCUUGGAGAAAGCAACCACCUGAAGUCUGUCAGCCCCAUUUUUUCCAUCCCUCUUGUCUGUACCGAGAUUGGCAUGCGAGCAGUUCUCCCUUUGUGAGUUUGCUAUUGGUAGCUCUGCAGUGCUCCAAAGCUACUUGAAAGUAAAUAAUGCUGUGCUGGGGGUUUUCUGAAAACGAAAGUAGCAAAGGGGCUCCCUAUCUCAUUUUCCUCCAGUAGAAAGUCCCCCUGGCCCUCCCAGGAAGAGACAGAGGUGCUCCUUGCUCCUGAUUAAUAAAGUACUGGCCUAGAGCAGCAGAGGCAAGGGGCAUUCUGGAUGUCUGCCAGCACUUGCCAUCUUUUAGGGCUUUUCCUGAAGGGAAGGAGAAGAAUGGAAAGGACUGUGCCCUGCACACUGCUGGUGAAGCUGUGGCUCCCCCGUGGGUCACAGCUGACAGUAGCCAGGAAAUCCCCGCAGCCUGCUGGAAAAUGGGUUAGGUCCUGCAGAGUGAGAAGUGCAUGGCUAGCAGAGCAUGCAGAUGCCUUGUGCUGUCUGAGGGGCACGUGUUCAAUAUAGGCAUUGCUGGUGCCAGCUGUGCAAUUUUCUCUUUCUGGGGAGGGUGGCUUUUUUGUUUGUUUCUAUUUGAGGUACACGCAACGUGCACAUUGUGACAGGUCUGAGCAAAGAGCUACUGCCUCCUUCAGGUGAGGUGGAGUCUGAGGGUGAUGGAAGUGGGGCAGGCAUAGUACAUGGGGGUCCUUCCUCUCCCAGUGUAUGGGAGUAGAUGAUGGGUAUAGUCACUGUGCUGUGGAUGGAAGCCAUGGAGGAACCAAUGGCCAAGGAGUGGCAUGGAAGGAAGGAAAGAAAGGGGAAAAUGAUCUGCUGUUUGCCACUGAGCAUCUCUGACUUGCAGGAGUACACUGCAGACUGAAGACAUUUCUUACAAAACAGCAAACCUCAUUCCUUUACCACUCCUGCUCAUUACUCCAGGCAGUACUGGGCCAGCCACACCGGGUGCAUUUCUUUUUUCUUCCUUAUUCUGUGUGGCUGAUGUGACAGGGAAGCAAGCGGAACUCGUGGUCCAGAGCUGGAGUUUCACUAUCCACAGACCUUUUUUGCAUCACCUGUAUCUUCAGCUGGACAUACGGAUGAUGAUGGCGUGGAUGCUGCUGCUGCUGCAGGGUCCAGCCUGGUUUGUUACCCUGCCCACUUCACCCAGCACGGAAGGACAGCCAGAGAGGUGCCAUGUACAGAACCGCAUCUAUUUCUGCUUUGUUUUCUGACUCAGAACCCUGCCCCCAGUGACUAUGACAACGGUGAUGAAAACAACAACAACAAAAAAAGGGCAAAUGCAUUUUUUACAUUUCUUGAUAAUUUCCAAAGCAAUGUAUCAUUGCUUUCUUUAGACUGACGCCAAUAUAACAGUUGUAUGGGUCUCAGCCAGGCUCCUGUGUCUUUUCUGCCUGAUAGUUUCAGAUUGGUGUAUGAAAUGUAUGCGCGUUUGCACACAGACACAAUCGCACAAGGUGACAGCACCACAAGCCCGUGGGGUUGCGGACUUGUGUUGAAGGUGAAGCUGGAGGCCUUGCUUCAUACGUCUAGGUGAGAAACUCCAACCCAUGGGCCCAGAAAGCUGAAGUGGGGCAUCCCCACUGAGUCAGAACUGAGCAUCCUAUGGUAUGGGCCAGUUGAGACUGUCCCAGGAUAGGGUGGGAAGAGGAACAGUGAGUGGGAAACAAAGUAAAUAGAAUCCAUUCAGAGGCUUCUGGCAGUGGUGAGAUUUUGUCAGUUCCAAUAAUUAAUUUGUAGCGUGUAUUAAAAAUAUAUAUAUAUUCCUGGCCAUCAGAAGUCCCUGUUCCCAUCUUGCUAACACAAGGAUAGAGUUCACUAGUGGCCAGGGAGGUUUUACUAAUGUACAAAAUGUGGAAAACAGAACUGAGUCUAGAAAGAAUUUAAUAAUAUUUUUCCUACAUUUAUUUUCUUCUCCAAAGAGUAAGAAAUGCAAAUUUCAAUAGCUGCAUAGGAUUUCUUUUCUCAUCUUUUGAAUGUUGCGAAGAUGUUAAAAGUCUCAUCCUGGGUUAGCAAGCCCAGGGAUCCAAAAGGUUUCCGAUGGGAUCUCAGUCUAUGGGGCUUUGCUCUCUCUUGCUUUGUUUCUGGACAGCUGAAUUGUGGCCUUGCUGCUCCAGUGCCUGAGAAGGUAUGUCUGAAGGCAGAAACACAGCAUAAAGAAAUCCUAUACUGAAAACAAAGCUAUGAUUGCUAUCAGAGUAGCAGCAUCACACUGGAGUAGAAAAAUCCUUUUCUGAAACGAAAUUUAGUGUUCUAGUUCAAUCUUCCAUCCUUCCCCCACCCUAUGCAGGGAAUGUGACUUAACUGUUAACACAUGAUCUUAAAACAGGCCUUUAAGGGCACAGACUUUGAUUGAGCUGCCAAAAUGUAUGCAUCCUCUGCCACCUGAGAUACCCUGCAGUAUUCUGCCCAGCCUGCAACAGAAAAAGUUCCAGGAGGGGCAAAACAUUUCCCCUUGACUGGUGCCAUGUCUGCCAGCCUCGUGUAUGCUGUGUGGGCCUCAGGCGGCAGGGGACAGUUAGGCAACUUAACCAAGUCCCUUUCUGAAGGGCUAACCAGGCUGAGCAGCACCAACGGCUGAAGUAAGGAGGAAAUCUUCUUUAGCAUUACCAAGGGCUUAGCAAGGCAUGACUGGGAGCCCAUCUCCAUGCUCCCAUGCUGUUCUCCCACCCCACGCCAUGCGGGCAAGCCCUGCUCCUAUGGCCUGGAGCCCUGGCACCUGCCCAGCCCUCACCUAGCACAGGCCUAGUGCCUGCAACCCAGGCCCUCGGAGUAGCAGCAAGAGCAGGCAUGGUCCCACCACACAUUGUUUUGGUUUUUUUUUCUAACAGUUUUCAAAUAACUCCUUUCCAAAGCAUUUUCCUAUUCAAGACAGACACCAUUCAUUAGUCUCAUCAUUCUGAGGAUAAAAUACCUGUGUUUUUCUGUUUUGUUUUGCAUUUUGUCCAGUCAGGCAAAAUACAAACUCUUCCUCAAAAAGGCUGAAAUGCCUUUAAUUUUUUUUUUUCCUAAUAUUUAAGCAUCCUAAGCCAGUCCAUUCCCAUCCUAAGCAGGUAGACUGGUAACCAAUACUACCUAAACAUCAUCAACGUCACGAUUGCUCAUUGGAGUGAUUGGUUCAGGAUUAUUCAGUCUUGACAAUUUGAAUGUGGGAAGAUUUCAGAGGAGGAGGAGUCAGAUUGUAAAUAUCUCUUUGACAACACUGCUGCAUCACACACAAAAACGGGGAGAUACUUUUAAAACUGCCUUAAAAAUCAAUUCCGAAUGACGGAGUCUCCCUCCAAACAAUUGCCACUUGGUAAAUCAAGGGAUAAGUCGCUUUGGGUAAAUUCUGGCAAGAAGUGGUUGGAAUCUGGUCCAGUUUGGGAAGUGUAAAUGUAAUCUAGGAGCUGAUCUCUCACUCAGUCUGACUUCAUAUCCACACUAAUGACUGAGCACUGCAGGAUCAAAACUCCUUAAGGCAUGGGGUUGCUGUACCUGGCCUGUAUCUGUAUGGCGCGGUCUGGCCUGCAAGGUACUGCAUACCUGUGUUUCCCGGUGACUUCAGGGAAGAUGGGGUUCCUCAACACCUCUUCAGUUCAGGCCCUGAAGCAUCAUUUCCUGCUCUGAUCAUCAGCUAUAAUUGUUGAUAAAUAUAAGUGUUUUGCCUUCAUUUGAAUUGCCCAGAGCUGUAAAAUGACCUCUCUCAAGUAUAAACCAGUCAGUCACCUCCUCUCCCACUCUUCCCUGUGCUCUCUGCCCACCCCAGCCCUCCUCUCACCUCCGCCCAAGUCCUUCCCUCUCUCAAGUCUUUACCUCCUUCCACAAUUUUAUAUCUAGUUUUCAUGAAGCCACAGAAAUGCUUUUGUAAAUAAUGCUGUACAGUUUGUAACCAUCAUGUAAGCCUGUCAUCAGUGCCAGAGUCCGUCUUGCCCUCUCGCACGUUUUAAAGUCAACAGAGAAAAGUUAGAGUGAAUGGCCCGCAAGCGAGCUAUAGGGUCAUCUCUGUGUGGGACAAAUGUAUAUUCCUGUAAGAUUGCAUUUUUAUCUAAGGAAUGAUGUUAUUUUAAAAUUGCUAAUAAAUUUC